AGGAGAGAGACUACAGCAAGUAGGCGAUGAGAUUAGCAGGAGGGGAAAGGGUGACAGGAACUGGCUCGCGUUAUCACAAAGACAGACAGACAAGAAAUGAUGAUAAUUGGGAGUAAAUUGCAGGGUGGAAGAAAAUACUGGGAUGGUCAUAGCAGCUGAUUUCUUAUCAGGAGACCGAGAGAGGAAGAGGGAUGAAAAGGAAGUGAAUAAAUGAGGAAAACUGGAACUGUGCAGGGAGAGAGGUGGGAGGAGAGUGGAACCAAAAUUGUUUGUAAAUGUUUCCUGGAUUGUCAGACAGUGCAUGUCAGACAACCUGCCAGAUAUCAUCUCAACCUCCAGUCCUACGAACCCAGCGCUAACAAGACUCACUACACUAUACUGGAGUAUCUACAAAAGUGUCUCGCUUACAACUCCAACUGGCAUCCUUACAGUGACCACUUGCAGGCCUGUUUGAGUCCCGCCUGUCCAGGAGUCCAGAGUCCUGUGGAAGGUCUGAAGGUGAAAAUGGUUCGGUGGUUCCACAGAGAUGUGUCUGGCCUGGAAGCUGAGAACCUGCUCAAGACGAAGGGUUCCCAUGGCAGCUUCCUGGCAAGACCCAGUAAGAAGAAUCCUGGGGAUUUCUCUCUCUCUGUCAGAGUGGGAGAUCUCGUGACCCACAUUCGUAUCCAGAACACGGGCGACUACUAUGACUUGUAUGGAGGGGAGAAGUUUGCCUCGCUGUCUGAACUUGUGGAGUAUUACACUGCAGAUGUCGGCGUCCUACAGGACAGGGAUGGCACCCUCAUAGAGCUCAAAUACCCCCUCAACUGCUCCGACCCCACCACAGAAAGGUGGUUCCAUGGACACCUGUCAGGCUCGAACGCGGAGAAGUUUCUAUGGGAACGGGACGAGCCGGGGACCUUUUUGGUGCGCGAGUCUCUGUCCAAGCCGGGAGACUUUGUCCUGUCCGUUCUGACGGAGGAGAAAAGCAAAACGGCCAACGGAGGGAGGAGGGUGUCCCACAUCAAGCUCAUGUGCCAGAAUGACAGGUACACUAUGGGGGGCUCGGAGAUGUUUGACACCCUGGCUGAUCUUGUGGAGUUUUACAAACGCAAGGGCGUUGAGGAGAUCUCUGGAAACUGGGUUUACCUCAAACAGCCUUACUACUCCACCCGCGUGAACGCGGCCGACAUCGACAGGAGGGUGAAGCUGUUGGAUCAGACGGCUGAGAACCCAGAUGAGGGAGAGAAGAAGAGCAAGGCCGGAUUCUGGGAGGAGUUUGACGCCCUACAAAAGUUGGAGGCGAAGCUAAAGAAGAGCAGGGAAGAAGGAAUGAGGCCAGAAAACAAAAGCAAAAACAGAUACAAGAACAUUCUUCCCUUCAAUGAGAGCAGAGUCAUCUUGGAAGGGGGAGAUCCCAAUGUUGUUGGCUCAGACUACAUCAACGCCAACUAUGUGCGCAGAACACGCUGCGGGGAGCAGGACCAGAAGGUGUACAUCGCCACCCAGGGCUGUCUCACAUCAACCGUCAACGAUUUCUGGCAGAUGGUGUGGCAGGAAAAGACGACGGUGAUCGUCAUGACGACGAGGGAGGUCGAGAAGGGUCGGAAUAAAUGUUUCCCAUACUGGCCGGAGCUUCAAAGCUCGAAGGAGGUCGGGAGGUAUGUGGUGACGUCCACGUCAGAGAGAGAUGCCAGCGACUACAAGAUCCGCAUCCUGGAGAUCUCACCUCUAGACCAGGUACCUACACACAGCCGGACCAUCUGGCACUACCAGUACCUGAGCUGGCCCGACCACGGGGUCCCUGAGGAGCCGGGCUGUGUUCUCAGUUUCCUCUCCGAGGUUAACAGCAAGCAGGACGAAUUCCCUGGUGCCGGACCAAUGAUCAUCCAUUGCAGUGCUGGGAUUGGUCGGACGGGCACUUUUGUGGUGGUUGACAUGAUUAUCAAGACCAUUGACACUAAAGGUCUGGACUGUGAUAUUGAUAUCCAGAAGAGCAUCCAGAUGGUGCGUGAGCAGCGUUCUGGCAUGGUUCAGACUGAGGCCCAGUACAAGUUCAUCUACCACGCCGUCUCCUACUACAUAGAUGCUGAAAAGGCCAAGCUUCAGGCGUCCAAGGAAACUGAACCAGAAUAUGGAAACCUGAGGCCCAUGCAUCAGAUAGCAAGCCGAAAAGUCUCAAAAAACAAGGAGGAACUGUAUGAAAAUACGUCAGUAAAAGGGAAGAAAGACGUGAAGAAGCAAAAGUCUGAGGAAAAAAAAAGUGGUUCAGUAAGGAAGAGAUAGAACUGAAAAUUAGGAGACAUUUUCAUUUACGUUUAGUCAUUUAGCAGGCGCGCUUAUCCAGAGCGACUUGCAGUAAGUACAGGGACAUUCCCCCGAGGCAAG